AUGCACGCAGCUAUAGAAAUAAAAAACCGAAUUUUUGAUUUUAGACAUCAAUAUCCUUGAUGCUUGUUUACAUCUAAAUAUUUUUCUUCUAAUACUUUUCAAGAGAGAAAAAAGCCCCAAAUAAAUGCUUUAUUUUUAAUUAUUUUUGGAAAUUAUUUAUAUGGCAUAUAUAAGGAUAUUUUAAGAGUAAUGAAAAAAAGGUUGGAGAAUUGUCUUUGCCGCUGAUUUUUCGAUAGAAAAUUAAUCCUUCAUCAGUAA